AUGGCACUCUCGUUAGCGGCCGCGCGCAAUAAAGCGCGCGAACGACAAUUAAACCGGCAUCAGCACACACGGCGCAAGUGGCGCGCGGACGUGACGUCACGCGUCGCCAUUUGCAUUUUUUCUUGCAACCGCGUGUAUGUCACAAUGAAAUACUUUCUGUUGUCGAUAAUUUUGUCACCGUGUUGGUCACAAGUAGCUAAUUGGGAGAUGAGACCAGACGUCACAUUUGAUGAUCGCAACGAUCGCUUCGAUAUAUCAGAAUUAGUAGCGCACCAAAACAUGUUCCUAGACAGCGCUAGAGUCCAGGAAGAUUUCAGAAGAAAAGAAAGUGAAGACUUAAACCAAUUAGCGGCUAACUUGCGAAGAAAAGUGAGGAACAAUAGAGAUUUCAGCGAAUUUGCUUAUCACGACCAAAUGGAUAGCGAAGACGCAGGAGAUGUUGAUGAAUUCAAUAAGAUUCUUAAGGGGAUCCAAAAUACGAGAAGGAUCCGAGGGCUUUUAGAUUACAUACAUAACAAUAGCAAAGGCAGCGAAGAUAAUGAAAAAUAUGUUAUGGAUGAUGAAAAAAAUUCUCGAUCGCAAUACGUGGUGCCUAUUGAUUUGAAAAUCAACGGAUAUAUACAAGCACCUCUUGAUUGA